GAUUAGGGUUUCGGCCGGCCCAAAUGGUUUUAAGCCCAGUUUGCUAUAACUUGUCCAGCAAGGGUUAAACCCUAAUUAGUUGUCUAUAUAUUUGAUCUCCUGUACUUGUAAUCAUCAUCACUCAAUAAUACAAACCCUAGUUGCCCCUGUGGAUGUAGGUCAGAUUAGACCGAACCACGUUAAAUCUCGUGUUCUCUAUUGCUUUCUUGCUUUCUAUUCGUGUGUGUGUGCUUUUGUUCUUAACAAGGGCAUCCCGAAUGAGCAGUGCAGAUUAGGUUGAGAUAUAUUUAUUUAAUGGUGAAUUAUAUGAAGGUCAAGUCUUGUUCUAUGACUUUUGUUAUAAUGUAGCAACUAUCAAGAUCAUGUCUAGCAAAUUUUUGUCAACUGCAAGUAUUCGUGAUGUUACUGAUUCUUUAGAAUUAGUUUCGAAGAAGCCUGUACUAAGCCGAUGUCAGCAUUUACCAAAUACUUCUAUGCCCUUCAAUCUCAGUCCCGGGAAGCUUGUAAUAGCUUUAGGCCGUGCUUGUGGGGAUCGUUAUGACAUCAUGGCUUCUCCUGGUGUAUUUAGUGCUCAAGAUUGUUGUCACGAUUACGAAGAACUUUUCAUGACGAGCUGUGUGGUUAGUAAGCUUGCUGUUGGGGGACCCCUUGUCAAUUGUGAUGGAGAAGUCAUUGGUGUCAACUUCUUCAUCUGCCCAUUUGCCACAUUUGUACCAAUUACUAUAGUUUGGAAAUGUUUGGAGAACUUGAAGAGAAAUGGCUCACUGGAAAGAUUAACAAUCAUGCCCAGAGGAAGCGAACAAAGGUGCACCAUUCAAUUUUCUGGUCAACCGGGAAAUGGCUUACGGCGAAAGCUAUGCUUCAAAAAACUAAGCAGAGAAAGAGGUCCAAAACAAUGACGAGAACAGGGAAAACUACAUCAAGGGCGAAGAAGAGGAGGCAGUUGGUGCGAAAGUCUUCUGCCAGUGUAGCUGGUCUAUGCAUUGGUGAUGUUAUAAUCAAAUGUGGUGAAACCGAAAUUCGGAGCCAGCUUGAGCUGGUUGAUGCAUUGUGGGACAAAGAAGGGAAAUCGGUGAAGUUGGAGAUUGUAAGACCAAGCGUAGGGCACAAAAAUGUUACCUUGACUGUCGGUACCCGGCCUGAGAUGCCCAGGUGGCUUCUUUAAGUGCAGGAAAAUGGGCCUAUCUUUUUAUGAAAAGCAGCUAAUUUUUGUAGGAUACAACUCGGAGACUCAUUUAACAAGUUUGACAAGCCAAAUAAACUAUGCCUUCAGGA